UAUAUCUUCUCCUCCAGGGCUCUUCCUCAGCCGUCCGUCACCGAGGGGAGAUACGGGCAUACGGCUGCGCCGGCAAUGGCUACUGCGGCUUCCCCCUUGCUUGUCCUGCUCCUUAUCCAGCUGCACGUCGUCUUCCACCUCUCCGACUCCUCCAUCGCCCUCGCACAACCACAACACAGUAGCAGCAAGGAGCGUCACCAACCCGCGCUGUUGCAGUCGACGUGCAACUCCACCAGCUUCUACGACGUCUGCAUUGCCGCCCUCGCCGCCGACCCCUCCAGCUCCACCGCCGACGUCCCGGGCCUGUGUGCCAUCGCCGUCUCCGCCGCCGCCGCCAAUGCCUCCGGCACCGUGUUCUUCCUCGCCAACGCCAGCGACGCCGCCGCCACCCCCGAGGCGGACCGCGCGCUCCUCCGCAACUGCGCCGGCAAGUACGCGGCCGCCCGCGACGCGCUCCUGGCGGCACGGGCCUCCCUCGCGGAGCAGGACUACGACUACGCCUUCGUGCACGCGAGCGCCGCGGCCGAGUACCCCGCGGUGUGCCGGACGCUGUUCCGGAGGCGGCAGCAGCGGCCAAGCAGGGCGACGACGUACCCACCGGAGCUGGCGAAGAGGGAGGAGGCGCUGCGGCGCCUCUGCACCAUCGCCCUCGACAUCAUCUCGCUGUUGCAAACGCAGGAACCCUCCACCUGACUGAAUAUUUGACACUUGUCGAUCGGUGGGAUAGACAUUACUCCAUCCUCUGUCGAAGCUCAUGCAUGAGGUUUGAGAACCUGAUCCGAUGAGAGUCCUUGUAAAAUCGAACGAUGCAAUGUAUGGUUGAUCAUUCAUGUGAUGCAUGGCAUGAAUAAAUCCAUGGAUUGAAAAGGUUGG